CGAAAGUGYGUAGAAAUCAUAUCAAGACGCAGCGUUCGAACAAAGUUGCAAGACCCGAUCCAAAGACACCAUUAUUCGCGGAACAGGGGAGAGCUGAAGGAGAUUUUUGAAUCAGGUAUGCCUCUGAAUAGUGUUGUCCACCAGCUCCUUACUGGUAGAAAGCGAAAAGCUCAUCAUAUUGGUACCAUUCCCUGUACUGACGACAGCACUCAUCGUCUUAACAYUGACGGUUGCGUUGGAAAAACGAGUGCAAGUAGCAGUAGAAAAAGCGUAUCAUCAUUCCUCGCACCACAGAAAAAUGAAAAUGAUAGUCGUUGGCAAAUGCGUUUCCGCCAUCGAUACAUACAGCGCUACCGUCGCUACGAACGGUUUGAGCACCAGAAACCACGAGUAUCAAUCCAAGCCUUCGAAAACUGGAGCGGCAGCGACAUUCAUCAUGGUACGAGUACUAAAGAAGACAACAGCCGUUAUGAUUCUAAUGAGGAUGAUGGAAUGAMGUUUUACGAAAAUCGACGACUAAGAAGUCAACAGGUACAAAAGAUGAGAACRGGAACGAGAAUGAAGAAUUUGAGCAAGUCUGYUGAUUCUCAAGAUGAUAAAUGCUCUGUYCAUGCUUUAAUUGAAACUUUUUUGGACCAGCGCCAUGGGACCAGGAAACGUCCAUCGAAGGCAUCAAUUCAUCCAUGUCCUUCGUCUUUCGAGGACCGAAGAAUAUUAUCAGUUCUACUUUUGGGACUAUGUGCUCUUUCAAGUCUUACUGAGUGGUUAGAUAAAAAACAAGAAGAGGACAUUUUACGGAAGUCGUCUAUUGUCAAAGAUAUGGUUUUAUGGAUGAAACAAAGGGAAGCGCUGCACAUUGCACAUACUUCUGCAGCUAUUGCGCAUAAACAUCGUGACGCGUUGACCCAACUAGCAAAAUUUCACGAGUCGAUCGAAGGGAGCCAUAGAACGUCUUUAGAUUUUUUAUCACGGCAUGACGACAAUGACGAGGAACGGCAAGGAUCGGAACGUCAAACGAAACGUCAGAACAAAAAUCGAUCCCAAACAACACCGCAAGCUCAAGGAUUAUUUAGAGCCUUCAGAUUACCGGUCCCGAAUCGCCAGAACAAUCACAAUAUCGAAGAUCGUGACAUCAAUGUUCGUAAUAAGAAGAUUUGCGAAGACUUAAUCCCGAACAAGAAUGAGGACACACGUAACGAAGAGCAUUCAUACCUACUGACUCACCAACUGGAUCUAAAGGACCAUAGGAUUAUUGAUACUGAUACCAUUAUUGAUCCUAAUGUUAGAGUUAGCGAGACAAACAAAACUGAAAUUGAAAUAAGUGAAGAGAAGUAUCAAACUAACGUGACAUAUCAUUCUUCAAUUUCGUCAUCAGAGAAAAGACGACAGGAGAAAAAUAUUCAGGACCAUCAACCUAAAAAAUCAUCGGUGGGUCAAUCGAUCGCUGAAAUUCAUCCAGAGCAUGAUCGCUUUUCAUCUCCGCAGAUGCAAGUUAGAAAAGAAUCGGAAGAAGUAAUCAAGAAGAGCGGAAAAAAUAWAUCAGUUGCUGAUAUCAAUGGCUACAACAGUUGCGAUGAUAAGAAAAAAAUCUCGCAACCCAUCAGUUUGCCCUCCAUGAUUCAUAUAGAUCCUUUAGGAAUAACGUCACCGUCUAAGGACGAUGAGGAUUAUUUUUUGAUGUCACCGGCCACUGAUUCACCAAUAGAUAUACCAUCUUCGACCGCUAAGACUUCGUCUUCUGAAAUGAAUAUCGGACGAAAGAAGGAGCAGCGGCAAUGCCUUAAAAAAGAAAUCAAAGAAAGCGAGAAUCUCCCUGAUCUACUACCACAACGAACUUCGAGGGAUCAAAGUGAAUUUGACGUGAUUUGUAUUUCAGAAGAGCGAACAAAUCAUGAAGAAAAUAUCUUCGACAAUUCCAAUUAUAGCGUUGUUCUACCAUCGAUUCAAAUCAAAGAGAACCAUUCCUCUCAUCAUAGCUCGAUAGUAGGUACAUUUCUCCCUAUGUUACCGAAAGAAAAAUCAGAAAAACAAGUAACCGGAGUUUCCAAUAUGAAAGCGGAUACAUCUGAUCUAGGAUGUCCAAAAGAGUUUCCAUUGAGCAGAACAAGUGCAAUCCAGCCGAUGAAGUCUUACAUAAGGAACGAUUGCGACAGUGCGAUGUUUUCUGCUCUAAGUGGAACUACUACUAACGAGACGGCUAAGCCCUAUCAAGAACAAACAACGAAAUCUACCGAUAGAAUAAAUUCUACGGAGGAUAACUCAGUACAUCGAACAACAACAAGUUGUCCACCCAAAUUCAAAUUGUCGUGUCUGUAUUCUGAAAAGAAUUCUGUUGCCGAGGAAAGCAAUCAUGUUAGGUUUGACAACGAGGAUAACGAUCGAGAAUCUGGCCAAAACUCACCAUCCGAUGACGUGAGCGAAAUCCUUUUGUCUCAAUCUCAAAUGCYCCCUUUAAAUUCUCGUCGUGUCACGACGAGUCCUCGGAGUUUCCCAAGCAGAAACUACAACAAAGUCCAUGAACACUAUGAACAUUAUUCCAAGGCAUUUAUGAUUCAGGAUGAAAGCAGAUACCAAGAGGCCGCUAACGACAGUUUUAGAAAAMCCCCAAAAGAGCAAAAACCCCUUGGGUGGAAUCGGUCCCAUGAAUUGCAGACUGAAUCUAUCAGCAGGGACUGGACGUCACAUUGUACCAAACGGCCUAUAUCUUUGAAACAAACAUGUAUAUUAUCUUCUACCAACAGAUGGGUGUCCAAUGAACGAGCCAAAAAUUUCGUAAAAAGUCAAUUGUCCUCAAAAACCGCAGCAGCACUAGUCGCAACAGUGAAGGCAACUUCAAGUAGUUCGCACAAGCAGGAAUACAUAAAGCUUUUCACACGCAGAGACGGCGUCGACGAUACAGCUCAUACACUCAACAAAACUAUUGGUCAGAACUACAAAUUUGACCGUUCCGAGAGCAAGCAGGGUGUAUCUAGUAAGAUCGUUGCCAUCGAASUUAAGAAAGAAAAAUCUGAGAGGAAAACAUCGACUAGGGGAUUCRUUCGUUCAAAUACAUCAAAAUUGGAAAUCACUAAGGCGCCUGUUUUUGGAAAUAUGCGCAGGACUGCUGCCGUGAACGACAGAGAUAAUGACUCUGAUGGUGUUUCAAUCUCAGUCGUAGACAAACGAGGUGAGACCGAUGAACUCAAGGAUAAUUUCAAGUAUGAAGAAGUUGUUCGUGGAAAGAUGGCGAGGGAAGCACUGAAAUGCUACGAAUGCGAGGAAUGUGCUGCGUUUUUUGACAAGGCCGUCCUUCAUGGUGAUGGAGCCGAUUGUUACAACAGAGAAGAAUUGUUGAGUUGCAGCCGUCACAGAGGGCGGCACACUCCGCCUUCUACUCCUCAAGACUAUUGGGAGCUGAGUUUCGUCGACGAAAGAGAGGCAAGAUUAAGAAAACAUGGAGAUGAUWAUUGAUAUCCUUCCCAUCAUUUGCGUCACACCACUCGGAUUGAUGAGAAAUAUCCGUAUUUUCCUAUUCUAUGCGCGUGRAGAGAUUCAGAGGAAAAUCCAUGCCACGUAGACUUGURAUAAUGCUCAGAAGCGUCGACAGUCGACAGUGUUUUGUAAAUUUUUGACUUUUCUGAACAAUAGACACUAUUUACCUCU